AUGUAUUUGUACGACCAUGAUACAAUAGACAUUGAUGACCAACCUUCUAAACCUGCAGCUAUCGGAGUUCGUUUGAUCACAACUGCCACGCAAAUCCAACGGAAAAAUCCUUGCAGUUUGCUAAGGGAGAGGACUAAAACUGCUACACUCGACGUCACCAUACUAAUCGAAUGUCGGUCAGAUGUGAUCGGAUUACCAGAAAGUCUAUUUACUCAUCCGCUGUACACUGCUAAGGAACGGUUGUCCGCAUUCAUUUCUGGACCUACAUCUAUGGAGCUGUGUGAAGAACUACUGAAAAGAAUGGGCGAUAAAUUCUUUGCAAUCUAUAAAUCAUGUUUACUGGAACAGAGAGGCAUUUCGAAAGCACCUGAACAAAAUAUCGUGUUAUACGGACUUGCAGCAAGGGAACCAUUUCACGCCGUCGAUGAGCCAUUUUAUAAUAAUUUUCAUAGCCUUUUGGUGAAUAACCUUAACGAGGCGCACUCCACUUGCCUGUACAAUGGGUAUAUUAUCACGCAACCGACUGAAAUUACGUGAAGCGGGUAAACUAAAAGAAUCGUGCCGACUGAUAUGUUUACAUAAAAAGGGAGUUCGCUUUUACGGUGCACAUGCAUACAACUAAUAAAAAC